AUGGACUAUGGCCAUGAUCAAGAACUAAACAAGGUGUUGUCAUCUUCUUCUUUGUCUACCAACAACAAUGUUGAUGGCGGCCGUGGACAUUCUCUCCUUGUUUCCCUGAACAAGGAAGCAUCUGUUAAGGAUUUGAGUAUGGACAGCAAUUGCGAUCAUCAUGAUAAAUUAAAGAAGACAGAGACAAGUUCUUUUGACAGUGUAAUAACUGAGCAGUUCGAGAAGUUAUGUCUUGAUGAUUUCUAUGAUCCUAUUCAUCCUUCGACUUUUCUCUACAAAGUUGCAAAACUUUAUGAGAAUAUUAAGACUACUGCUGGAACAAUAAUGGUGGACAAAGAGGAAGUUGGUGAUGAUAAGGGUGAAGAGGAUGGGGUGACUUGCAUCAGAAUGGAAGACUUGCCCGAAGAUGUCUUGGUGCGGCAUGGAUCUUGUGAUAGUGAAAUGACUGAACUGUUAGAGAAGUUAUCUCUUGUUGAUUUCUAUGAUCCCCAUUACUCUUCCAACCUUUCUCCACAAAGUUACAAAACUUUAUGA